UACGUACGCCUAGUAAUUUGAAAGCAUAUAUUGAGGAUACACUAUUUCCAAAAUUGAUUGGCCAUAUCAAAAAAGACACUAUAUCAGAGAGGACGUGUAGAAAUUAUAUGUAUUCGUGGGGUUUUAAAUAUGAUGAGAGAAGAAAGGGUAUUUAUUUUGAUGGCAAUAAGAGACCAGAUGUG